CACCUUACCUUCGUUUCUCUCGAGGAAUAUGUGAAGGAUUCUGAUGGACCUUGUUUCGACAUCGCUACCGCGCAUGUUAGAACAAUGGAAGUGCUCCCAGCGAUAUUCGCCCUCACCGGCAACGCGAGUAGCGGCAUGAUGGGAUCGAUGCCCGACCCAUCGCCCACAUCGCUCCAGAUCUUCGCUCUCUUCAUCAUCUUUUUCUUCCCGGCCAUAGCGCUGGUCGUUGUCCUCAUUCGAGUGGCCGGGCGAUUUGCGACCAAGCAGUUCGGAUGGGAUGAUUCGCUCAUCAGUAUAGCCAUGUUCCUUUCACUCGCAGAGACUGUGAUUAGCUACUUUUUCAUCAAAACCAACUUCAUCGGUAUUCAUAUUGACAAGGUACCAACCGACCGCGAUCCAACCGAGGCCUUGAUAUGGGCCUACGCUGUGCAGAUUCUGUACAACCCGAUCCUGGCCUUGGUCAAAUCAUCCGUACUCAUCUUCCUUCUGCGUCUAUUUGGGCAGAAGAAAGGGGUGAGACGGUUCAUCAUCGUUCUGAACAUCAUCAACAUCAGCCAGAUGAUCGGCACAUUCUUCGCCAUUGUCUUCCAGUGCACACCGAUACGGCGGAACUGGGACCCGACUGCCAGGGGUACUUGCGUUGACCAGAGGAUCCUGUUUACCUUCACUUCCGCCUUCAACAUCUUGACCGAUCUACUUAUCCUCGGCCUGCCGUUGUACAUCUUCAUCGACCUUAAGAUCCCCCGGCGAGCAAAGAUCGCCCUUUUGUUCGUCUUCUUGCUCGGAUUCCUCGUCACGAUAGCAUCUGUUGUCCGCCUCGUCAUCUUCGUGCAGGGCCUCUUCGGCCUGACCACGUCGAAGGAUCCGACGUUCAACAUCGGCUUCGUAACGUCGGCCAUUGAGACCAACCUGGCGCUGGUCACGGCCUCUGCGCCCGCGCUGCGACCCAUCUUCCGGUCGCGUGAGCGGGGCGGCUGGUUCGGGCGCUUCUCGGUAGCACCUAGCAAGGGGGGCCCUGACAUUGAGACCGGGGAGAAGCCUGUCGGCUGGCUCUCCGACAGCACAAUGACCCCGCCGACCCCUUCCAAGGGCACCAUCAGCAAGUUCGGUCGGGGCGGCAACCGGGGCGGCCGCAGGGGAGGGCGGUCAGGCCGUGGGCGGGGAGGCGCCAAGAAGUACGACAUCCGCAUACGCAGGUCCAACUCGGACGCCGCGCAGCUGCGAAGCCAGUCGCCACGCAGUAGCGAGGAGGAGACGAUGACCUCCAACGGCAUCAUGCGCGUCAGCGACAUCCAGCGCGAGAUUGACGGCAUCGUCAAGGAGAUCUCAGUCUCCGGCGCCGGCACAUACACGGGCGUGACGCCACCGCCGCCAUCAGGAAACGGCAACUAUAACAAUAACUAUAACAACAAGAACCCCAAGUCGGCGAGGUCCUUAACCAAGAACAACAAUACCUACAAGGGCGAUGACGUGAACGUCAACAAUUUCAGGGACACGACGUUCGACUUCUUCUCCACCAGAGCCGGCGACGAACGCCAGCCGAGGAGGGAGAACCCGGAGCGGUACUACAGCGAAAGCAUCUAUCCGGACAUUGACUUCGCGGGGGGUGAGAGCCGCGAUUACAACGACGAGCGCAUAUCCAAGUAUGGCGAGAAGCGUUUCGGCGUCGUGACGCCAAAGGGCACGACACCUACGAGCCGCGGCUGGAGGGACGAGGGUGGUCGGCCAUUCUAAAAAGGCAGACGCCCUAGAACCUUCAACUCUACAACCCCUGAUCGGCAACGAAUCCGAGAUUUAUAACAAAACCUUCACCUCUUU